AUGUCUUCCCCUUCUUCGACUCGCCGUACAGGUCGUCCAACCAAGGAGGCGGCGGCCACUUCAUCCCCCAUCCGUUCGACUCGCUCGACUCGCUCAACUCGCUCUCAGCAGCAAUUACAACCGAGUAGCCCUACUCCAAGAGCAGCUGAUGAACAGUCACAGACAACUCCUCGCGCUUCCAGACGCCUAAGGGGCGAAGCUGCUGUCCCAUCGUCUUCUCCCAUGUUCUUUCAGUCUUCUCCUGCAAAAGGAAAUGAUAGCAGCGCCGAAACACCAGAUGUUAGGAUGGACGAACCCAGUUCGCCUGUGAGGCCAUCUUCAACCAUGGACGAAGGAGAGACGACACCACGGGGCAAUCGUCAGACUAUGCGAGAUUCUUCCCCAAUUCGAUAUGUGUCCAGUUCCAGUCCCACCCGUGCUCACAGCCGCCAACCGCGAUCUGAUAUUCCUAGUAGCAGUAGUGGCUUAUUUGUCUCAUCCCGGCCCUCUGCGGCCGGGCAGCGUGCUCGACGUCGCAAUGAUCUUCACUCGGGUGGAUUUGGAUCGACUCCGAGCCGUCGGCGCAGGGUGUUUGUUGAUGCCAACGGCAUGCCCGCUGCUGAUGGGGAGCCACAAUCGGAUGCAACUUUCUCCAACGUCCAUCCAGACACUUCGGAGGCCGAGGCACUCGGCGGCGGCUCAUCACGCGUGAUCUGGGGUACCAACAUCUCUAUUCAGGAUUCCAUGUCCGCUUUCAAAAACUUCCUUUACAAUUUCGCCACAAAAUACCGCCUGUGGGCCGAGGGCGCCACGGAAGAUGAAACACGCCGGAUGGGCGAUGCCGCAGAGGAAAAGGAAUAUAUCAGCACGCUAAACACCAUGCGUCAACUAGGUGUCACUAGCCUAAACUUGGACGCGAAAAACCUCAAGUCGUAUCCAUCAACUUUGAAGCUGUGGCACCAACUACAGGCCUACCCUCAGGAAAUCAUUCCUUUAAUGGACCAGACCAUCAAAGAUGUUAUGGUUGAACUUGCCAUUAAAGAAGUCGAGCGUCUGAGGGCCAGAAGCCAGCGUAACCAGACCCAUUCCAGGGACCUGAGCUCCGCUCCGGCAGUUCCUAGCUCUGAUGCCUUGAGUGAAACCGGUCGCACGCCACAGGCUGAGAUCCCGGACCUCGUUGGCGAGGUGGAGACGAAGGCCUUCAAAGUCCUACCAUUUGGACUGGAUUCCACCGUUAACAUGCGAGAGCUUGACCCAGCAGAUAUGGACAAAUUGGUAAGCAUCAAGGGCCUGGUGAUCCGAGCGACUCCCAUCAUCCCCGAUAUGAAAGAAGCUUUUUUUCGCUGCCAAGUCUGCAACCAUGGAGUGCAGGUUGACAUUGACCGUGGAAGGAUUGCAGAGCCAACGAUCUGCCCACGACCAGUCUGCAAAGAAAGGAAUUCGAUGGAGAUUAUUCACAACCGCUGCGUUUUCGCCGAUAAGCAGGUGAUCAAACUCCAGGAGACUCCUGACAGCAUCCCUGAUGGCCAAACCCCCCAUUCCGUCUCCCUCUGCGUCUACGACGAAUUAGUGGACGUAUGCAGGGCAGGUGAUCGCGUUGAAGUUACGGGUAUCUUCCGAAGCAACCCGGUGCGAGUGAACCCUCGCCAACGCACACAGAAAACGCUCUUCAAAACCUACAUCGAUGUAUUGCACGUCCAAAAGAUAGACCACAAAAAGUUAGGCGUUGACGCGUCGACUGUCGAGGAAGAAUUGUCAGAGCAAGCAGUCGGGGAUGCUGAACAGACCCGUAAGAUCACAGCUGAAGAGGAAGAGAAAAUCAGGCGGACCGCUACUCGGCCUGAUGUGUAUGAGCUCCUGGCCCGAUCUUUGGCGCCUAGUAUAUACGAGAUGGAUGAUGUAAAGAAAGGUAUCCUGCUCCAAUUGUUUGGAGGUACCAACAAGUCCUUCGAGAAGGGUGGCAAUCCACGCUACCGAGGUGAUAUCAAUGUUCUUCUCUGUGGUGACCCUUCCACCUCUAAAUCUCAACUGCUUCGAUAUGUCCACAAGAUUGCCCCCCGAGGAGUCUACACCAGUGGCAAAGGCUCCUCCGCUGUCGGUCUCACAGCCUACGUGACCAGGGAUCCCGAGACGCGCCAAAUGGUCCUUGAGUCGGGAGCUCUGGUUCUCUCCGAUGGUGGUGUCUGUUGCAUUGACGAAUUUGACAAGAUGAACGAAUCAACUCGCUCUGUUCUGCAUGAAGUGAUGGAGCAGCAAACUGUGUCUAUCGCGAAAGCUGGUAUCAUCACUACGCUGAAUGCUAGAACCAGUAUUCUGGCGUCCGCCAAUCCCAUCGGCAGCAAGUACAAUCCCAAUCUGCCAGUUCCACAAAAUAUUGAUUUGCCUCCUACUUUGCUGUCGCGAUUCGACUUGGUGUACCUCGUCCUUGAUCGCGUGGAUGAACAAGAGGACCGCCGGCUAGCGAAACAUCUUGUCAAUAUGUAUCUUGAAGACAGGCCUGAAAACGCCAACAGUGAGGAAAUUUUGCCUAUUGAAUUCCUGACGGCCUAUAUCACUUAUGCCAAAACCAAGGUCCACCCGGUUUUGACCCCUGCUGCCGGGAAGGCACUCUCUGAUGCGUACGUGGCCAUGCGCAAACUGGGAGACGACAUUCGAUCUUCUGACCGGCGAAUCACGGCAACAACUCGUCAGUUGGAGUCUAUGAUCCGGUUGUCGGAGGCCCACGCACGUAUGCGACUGUCGGAAGAAGUUACGGCGGGCGAUGUGGAAGAAUCCGUGCGUCUGAUCCGGUCCGCUAUCAAGCAGGCUGCGACGGACUCGCGGACCGGGCUGAUUGACAUGGGCCUAUUGACAGAGGGCACCAGUGCCAGCGAGAGACGUCAUCGGGAAACACUCAAGCGUGCAAUUCUGUCGGCGAUCGACGAGCUGGGUAGCGGCGGUACAGCCCGGUGGGCGGAGGUGUUCCGAGCGCUCAGCGAACAGAACAACGCCUUGGAUGGAGGACAGUUUACCGACGCAGUUCGCUCUCUGGAGACCGAAGGGCAUGUGAACGUGCUGGGUGAGGGCGCCCGGAGGAGUCUUCGCCGCGUUGGGGGUACGCUUCUGUAA